AUGUCUUCAUCGUCAAGUGAUGAACAUUCGGAAUGUUUUGACUAUAAUAAUAUAACUCCAUGGCCGAUGCAACCAUUGGUAUAUUAUACAAAUGUGCCGUACCGUGAAAAACCUAAAAGUAGAGAGAAAAAGCGUAACCCAAAUUGCUUUGUCAAAGCUUUCCGGUGGUAUACACAGGAACGCUGUCCGAAAAAGACAGACUCGAUGAGCACAAAUGCACCAGAAAUAAAGGGUUUUGCGAUGUGGUUAGAUCAGAAAUAUCAAGAAUUUAUCCAUGAUGGAGGUGGACACUCAAAGUACACGUUGAAGAAGACAUCGACGGUGGAAAUUGAAACUAAAUCUAACAAAGUUUAUUCGUGUUGUACAUACAGUCCACUAACACAGAAAGCAAAACGUAAAUCCCAGAGUCUCACCAGCGUUCUACUUGAAAGAGAAGUGUAUCAAAUACCUUACGAUGCAAUUGAUGAUAGAGAUGAGGUGAAGAAAAUCAUUGCUAACAUUGUGGAUCCCAGUCACGGCAAGGAAUUACAAAAUACCCCUAAAAGUUCAAAAGCGAGAAGUGACCAUUCGAAGAAGAAUAUUUCCUGCCAAUGCAUAAACGAAAGUGUCACAUUUGACGUCAGCUGUCAAUGUCCCACAAUCAGAUCUAAAGUCAUAAGUCAAAGCAAAUUGUCAAAACUUAAAAAGGCGGAUCCAAUGAAACUGAAAAAUGAUGGUCAGAGUGAAGUUGGAAAAGCGUCUCCAAAACCAAUACAGCCGUUUAUGUCGGAAAAUGUAUCUUCAUUCACAUAUGGAACUCAGACAUGUGAUAAUCCUAUACAAUUGGUAUGA